UCUAUUCGCAUACAGGAAAGCCAAGAUCUAGAACAGUCCCUCCGGUGCACAAACCUCCUCUUCGUUCGCUCGGCUCUGUCUAGCUACGACAUAGCUGUGGUUGUGUGUCCGACCGUCAAGAGUAUACACCGCCGCAUGUCAGGGCGCAAAGCAAAUCCUUCAUUCUGCCCCAACAUUGCAAGAGACAGGAACAAAUUAUUCUGCUCUUCCAAGAAACCAAGUCCAUCCUCGAGACACAAGUUUUUCUGGGCACCACGCCCCAAAACAACUUGACAUAAGAGUCCGACUGACACACCCAGCAUAAGCGAAACGCAAAAAGGACAAGAAAAGCAACAUAUAACGCUG